AUGGCUGGCAACAAAUCGAAAGCCACCAAGCGGGUCACGAAAACGCUGCCCGCGGCCGCAAUUCCCGAUCCAUUCGAGCCUGCGCCGGCAAAACUCGCUCCGCUCCUCGAUAAUUUUGACAAGUCCUUUGUCUACAUUACGCACGUUGACAACCACCCUGCCUGGUUCAAGAAGCGUGUAUUCUCCGUCCCACUUGGUCUCAACGUCGUCAUUGCACUACUUCUCCUAUGGCGGAUCUACACUGCGGGCCCGUGGUAUUGGGCAAUCCUCAUGUCAAUGCUUGGCAACGAAAAUGAGACGACGAUACAUUGGUCAAAGACACCAUGGAGCAAGCUGCUACCAAGCGUGGCAUGGCGUGCAGGAAUUUUCCUGUUCGACUGGUUGGUAAUUACGGUCAUCGGACCGUGGCCGUGGAGCUUCUUCUUCGAAUCACCUGGCAACCCCAUCUCCUGGCGCCUCAGCACAGGCUUUCGCGAUAAGGAGGUGUAUGUCAGGGAGUCGAGAGGAUGGGGUGCCAAAGAUCUGCUCGGUGAAGCUGAGGGCUCGACCGGUAAGGCAGGUUCUGAUAGCCCCUUCUUCAAGACGCGCAUUCUGCCCGCCGUAGACCGCCGGAGGUUGAUGGAGAAGACGGGGUACCUGCUCAUGGACAAAAACUUCGAUCUCGUUUUUGGUGCAAUGGUGGACGCCGCCCGCUUGAUGGACAAGAAGACCGUGUCCAUCGACGACUUCCGCACUAGCGUUUUCGUCUGGGUGGGAAAAGAAGAUCAUGGACUGUGGGCUGUAUGGCCGUGUGGAAAACUCGAUGAGGGCUCUGAGACCGAGGCGCGGGAGAAGAUCAUACUGUUUAAGGAUCGUCUGACCGCCAUGGGCAAGGAGUCACUCUUCUUCAAGUGGAUUGAACUCGUGCAAUAUGAAAGCUCCGCCCCUGGCGAGUUCACCUACGAGAAGCAGGUCGCAACUGCAGAGAAGGCAAGGACACUAUUUGAGAACGAAGGUGUCAACUUCGAUGCGUUUGUCAAGGACAUUGGUGGCCUGCAAGGCUUACCUGGGAUGGACCAGGCUUAG